CACACACACAUAUUUUCAUUCACUCUGCGAAAAUCGGUCUCUGUUUCUCGAUUCGUUUCAUAUAAACAGUGAAAGUUACAUAACUGCAAAAUGGCUGGUGGUGGUGAUGAAAGCAAACUGACCGGACUCUCCCGCUACUUCAAUGGCGAAACCAUGCGGGGCCGCGCUAAUGUUGCGAAAGCCACCUAUGCAUCCAUCGGACUGCUGAUUUUGUACUUCUCACUGAAACCAAGCAAGAAGUAAGGGACGGAUGCCGGAGCUGUUUACGCUCGGUUAUAGGAUUACUUCGUGAAGUGUGGCCGUGAUGAAAUACAUUAUGCAACAGUCAAGUAAAACCUAGAA